AUGUUUACCAAGUGCACGCGCUUUAGGCCGCUCGUCAGGCCGUCUGCAAGAGCGUUCAGCUGUUCACGGCCGUCCUUGCUCGUCAAAGUGGCCAAGACCAAGUCCAUUGAGGAUAUGCCCAACCCGAGGGAUCUGCCCAGACCAGAGUCCAAAGAGCUGUUCCGGCCGGUGUACGACCCGAAGGAAAAGUACCGAGAGCAGGGUGAGCAGCUCCACGAGUUCGGCAGAUACAUCAUGGCGUGCAUGCCGAAGUUCAUCCAGCAGUACUCGGUCUGGAAAGACGAGCUCAUUGUGUACUGUGCUCCGUCUGGACUGGUGCCUGUGGCCACUUUUCUCAAAAACCACACCUCGAGCCAGUUCACCGCGUGCAUGAACAUCACUGCGGCAGAUUAUCCGUCGCGCAAGAAUCGGUUUGACGUGGUGUACGACCUGCUGUCUGUGCGGUUUAACUCGCGGAUCCGCAUCAAGACGUAUGCGUCGGAGAUGACGCCGAUCCCGAGCCUGGUGCCGUUGUACGAGGGAGCCAACUGGCUCGAAAGAGAGACGUACGACCUGUUUGGCGUGUUCUUCGAGAACCACCCGGAUCUGCGCCGGAUCAUGACCGACUACGGCUUCGAGGGCCAUCCGUUGCGCAAGGAUUUCCCUACAACGGGGUACACGGAGGUCAGGUACGACUCCGAGAAACGACGCGUGGUGUACGAGCCGCUGGAGCUCACCCAGGCCUGGAGAAACUUCACUGUGGGCUCGUCGGUUUGGGAGCAGGUCGGCGCCGGCGAGGACGAUACGCCAGAGAGUUUCCGGCUCCCGGAGCCGGAGCCCGACGAGGAAGUCAAGAAAUAG